AUGGGCUCGAAACAAAGUAAAGAGGUGGAAUCAAAUCAAAGUAAAGAGGUGGAGUUAAAACAAAGUAAAGAGGUAGAGUUGAGUUUCAUAGCACCACAUUUGGUUGCAGCCAUUGACUUUGGUACAACAUAUUCUGGGUACGCAUUCUCAUUUCGUGUUGAUUUUGAUCAAGAUCCAUCGAGAAUCAAGGCUUAUAACUGGAUAGCUGGGAGUCAAUCCCUGAUUUCUCAUAAAGCACCAUCAGUGAUCCUGUUGAAGCCGGAUAAAACCUUCGAUUCAUUUGGAUAUGAUGCCGAAGACAAAUACGCAUCACUAACAGAACUUAGUGAGCAUGAGGGAUGGCUGUACUUCAAACGCUUCAAGAUGACUCUUCAUAAUAAUAAAAGACUAGGGCGGUCUACCUUGAUAAAGGACAUAAACGGUAUUGAAAUGCCUGCGAUUGCAAUAUUUACGAUGGCAAUAAAGUUCCUCAAAGAGCACCUAAUGGAAACUUUGGAAAAAGUAGCGGACAAUUGUACUGAGGACCUCAUUCAAUGGGUACUUACUGUUCCCGCUAUCUGGGAUGAGGGUGCUAAACAGUUUAUGAUGGAAGCAGCAGAAGACGCUGGUAUUGAAAGGAAGCAAUUGAUGUUAGCUUUAGAGCCAGAGGCGGCCUCCAUUUAUUGUAAUGUCGGUCAUAUAGGAUUUAAGUCUAUCAGAGGAAAGACUGAAUCUUACAAAUUCACAACAGGAACGCGUUAUAUGGUACUUGACUUGGGAGGAGGAACUGCCGACAUUACAGUUCAUGAGGUACAGCCAAACCAGACCCUGCGAGAAAUCCACUAUGCCACUGGUGGAGCGUGGGGUGGAACCAAAGUGGAUGAGGCCUUCUACCAAUUUUUGGUGAAGCUCUUUGGAAAUGAUGUUCUGACAAAAUUCAAGACAGAUAAUAUGGAAGAUUAUAUAUCUCUUUUUCGAAAUUUUGAAAUUAAAAAACGUACAGUCAAUACAGACCUUGAAAAGUGGAUGACUAUAGUGAUACCACUUAAUCUACUUGAUAUAUUUAAGAAUGAAACUGGUGAAACCUUAGAAGAGGUUCUUCCACAGACAAUGUACGCUGAAAAAGUCAUCUUUAAAAAGGAUAGAAUACGAGUACAUCCCGAAAUUUUCAAAGAGUUUUUCAAAGACACAAUACAAGGAAUAAUAGAACACAUCACAGAAAUUAUGAUCUCUUUUGAAGGAAAAUCUGUGUCAAAUAUUCUUCUUGUUGGCGGGUUCUCCGAAUCACCUAUGGUUUUAAAAGCAAUAAAAGAAUUAUUCCCUGACAAAAAGGUUAUUGCUCCUGCUGAUCCCGAACUAGCCGUCCUAAAAGGCGCUGUAUUGUUUGGUCACAUGCCAAGCGUUAUUUCUUCAAGAAUCAGUCGAUAUUCUAUUGGUUUUGAAGUUGGUGUGCCCUUCAUCGAAGGCUCUCACCGAGAGGAAUACAAAUAUAAAAGACCAGAAGAUGGACGUUCUAUGUGUCGGCAUAUCUUUCAAGCAUUAGUGCAAAAGGGGGAAGAGGUUCCUACCGGACAUAAAGUAAUUAAAAUGUAUACACCAAAUGAUGAAGAUGCAGAAACUGGUAUUGGAAUUUACCAGUCAACCUCAGAAGAUCCCACUUACACUACCGAGGAAAACUGUACCAAAAUAGGUGCCAUAAAGCUUCAUCGACCAAAUGGAGGCUGGCCAAAAGGGUCAUUAAUCAAAGCUGUGGUUGAGUUCGGUGGCACUCAGUUUGAUGUGACUGUGACAGACGACACCCUUAAUGAAACAUACACCCACUCAUACGAUUUUCUUCGAAAUUAAUUCCCAAACAUUCAACAAAUGCUUCCCGUUUAUUAUUGA